AUGGGAAGUUUGGCGCCAAUAAUACGACAAACUGCAACUGCGGCGCCAAAAAGUAUUCAGUCCGUCUCGCAAAGGUCCCGGCUGGCUUCCAAAUUGGUCAACAGCAUUGGGUUAAGAGCCCCCACGACAGCCCGACUUCACUUGCUUAGGGAUACGCCUGUAUGUACCGAAAAAGAUGUAUCAAUGGAUCUUGAGGGUUGGCCUUUGGAAGUUUCCAUCGACGAAAGACAAGUUGCCGUAGCACAUAAUGAUGGAGAACAAAAUCAUAUUAUAUCCACUAAUAUGCUAUCGCAAAGUGAUUUAAAUUAUAUAAUUAAUACGGUAAGGGAAAUUUCGAAUGUUGAAAUUGAAUAUUACUAUCUCACCACGCCCAUUUGUGAAAAUGAAACAUCACAAACAAUACCUGAAAAUUGGGUUUCAACACCAAUGCCAAGUCCAUGCAUGUCCUUUGGGGACGCUGUAAACGAAUGUAACUAUUUAAGCGAAGGUACCAUUCUCAUCAACAUUAAGAUCAAGCCCGUUAGGAUCCAGUGA